CAACGAGUCCAUGGCCCGGCCGCAAUGCAGGGCGGUCGUGGCCGCAUCAGGGAUGCGGAUCGGGCAGCCGCCGCUGUGGAGGGCGGCGAGGAGAAGGUUUUCAAUGUGUAUUUUUCGAGGUGUUUUAAUGGAAGACAACUGGAAGCAAAUUUUAGAACAGAGUGAUUUCUUGGUUUCUCCCCCUGAAAAGGGCUCUGCUCUGGACCAAGUGGUGCCAAAAUGGUCAACAAAGUGGGCACCAUUCCUGGAUAAAAGUGACUCACAGUCAUCCUCUUUUCUUGGUUUCUCUCUCUCUCUCUCUCUCUCUCCAAAUGCAGUCUUCAGUGCUUCCCCGAGUUCCCACCACCACCGUCUUCAACCUCCUAACCCUAACCCUGUCGCUCCUCCCCCUCCCUUCCCUCCCGCUCUCCCUCUGCCGCACCUCCUGCGGGGCCGUCCCCGUCUCCUACCCCUUCGCCGUCGACGACGGCUGCGGCUCCCCGAGCUUCCGCCGCAUGCUCUCCUGCAACGACUCCGACCUCUUCUUCGCCACCCCCUCCGGCGCCUACAAGGUCCAGUCCAUCGACUACCCCAAGCGCAAGGUCGUCGUCUUCGACCCCGCCAUGUCCACCUGCUCCAUCCUCCAGCCCCACCACGACUUCGCCCUCACCGACGUGCAGGCCGCCCUCAUCCCACCCUCCGACGACACCAUCUUCGCCGUCCUCAACUGCUCCGUCGACUCCCCCGUCUCCAACCACUUCAAGUACCUCUGCUCCCACGACGUCGGCGGCCACACCUGCGACGAGAUGUACGGCGCCUGCGCCUCUUUCCGGAUCUUCCGGCCGGCGGCCCCGCAGUUGGCCAACCAGUCGUUGCCGUCGCCGUCGCUGUCGCCGCCAACGUCGACGUCGACGUCGCCGCCGUGCUGCUUCACGAGGUACGCGACGGUGAAGUUCAUGACCAUGAACAUGCUGGACUGCACGCACUACACGACGGUGAUCGACGCCGGGGGGCUGGAGAAGUCCGGGCCGCUGGACUGGACGUACGGGAUCGAGCUGACGUACGCCGUGCCGGAGAGCACCGCGUGCGACCGGUGCAAGCGGUCGGGCGGCGCGUGCGGGUUCGACGCCGAGUCGGAGGCCAUGCUCUGCCUCUGCUCCCCACCCUCAACGCCACUGUGGAGUGUCCUGCAGGCACUGGGACUGGCUACGGAGAAAAGCUUGCUCCGAGGAUAUCAUUCCACGCAACCCUAUUUAUCAUUUUAAUCUCCAUUAUUUACACCAAUUUAGUGUGGUGAUUUCUUCUUCUUUUUAUUAUAUUUUUUUAUUUUAUAUAUUUUACCUCUAUUAUCUAUUUUUCUUUGUUUUGUUAUUGUCUCUAGAGUUCACGUGUAUUUCCCAAUGGCUUCACAUAGAAAUCGCUCACAUCAGAAAAAGAACAACAGUUCAUGUAAUCCCUCUAGUCGUCAUAUGUACUCGUGUCUGUUGCUCUUGCGUUUCUGCUUGUAUUGUCUCUAGGGUUCACGUGCAUUUACCCAUGCGGCUUUAUAAAUUUCUCCCCAAGCCA